AUGGAGUUUGCUAAAUCAAACAUGAAUGGCACACAAAAUGUCAUAGUGAUGCGUCACGGUGAUCGAGCCGACCGUUGCGAGCCACUUUGGGUUUCAACCGCUGAGAGACCGUGGGAUCCUCCGCUCGUUCACGACGGUAAGGUUCGAGCCUUUCAAACCGGUCAAAGAAUCCGUUCUCAAGUUGGGUUUCCGAUUCACCGUGUCAUUGUUUCUCCUUUCCUCCGCUGCAUCCAGACCGCUGCUGAAGUCGUCGCCGCUCUCUCAGCCGUCAAUCUCGAUCACAACGCUAUGUCUUCUAAAGACGUGCCUGCCAUCGAUAACUCUAAGCUCAAGGUAGUUAUUGAAUUUGGAUUGUGUGAGAUACUGAACACAGUGGCUAUUAAAAGUGAGGUUGCUCCCAAAGAUGGGGACUUUGAUUUCAAGAUUUCAGAUCUACAAGCUAUGUUUCCUGAGGGAACAUUUGACAUUAAUGUGGAUAUGGCUUGUAAAGAGUUGCCACAAUGGGGAGAAUCUUCGGAAGGCUUUAAAGAAAGAUAUAUUAACACAUUGAAGGUUCUUGCAGACAAGUAUCCUUCUGAAAAUUUGUUACUAGUCACUCAUUGGGGAGGAGUAGGUACUAUACUUUACAAAUACUUCAAAGAUGCAACUAAGUACUUAGUAGAUUACUGUGGUUGUGUUGAACUGAGAAGGCAGGUUUCGAAAAAUAAUGAAUCUGAGGAAUUUCAGGUGGUUACUAGUCAUGGUGUAGCUUUCAAGGACAAUAAAGUCACACGACCAACACUCAUCAGAGCAACAAUGGAGUCCUCUGCUAAUUCGAAUACCACCGUUACCUAUCAAAACAUUUUGAUGAUGCGUCACGGUGACCGCAUUGACCAAGUCAACCCACUCUGGCUAGACACAGCUGCCAGACCUUGGGACCCUCCGCUCGUUCACGACGGUAUGGUUCGUGCGUUUAGGACUGGUCAACGGCUUAGAUCUCGGAUACAGUUUCCUAUCCACAGGGUCGUCGUCUCUCCCUUCAUCCGCUGCGUCCAGACGGCUUCAGAAGUGGUCAACGCACUCUCCGCCAUCGAUCUUGACCCUAACGCUACGUCUUCUAAAGACGUCCUCUCCAUCGACAAAUCCAAGCUCAAGGUUUCUAUUGAGUUUGGUUUGAGCGAGAUGCUCAACACAAUAUCUAUUAAGCCUGAGAUUGCUCCUAGAGAUAGAAAAUUCGAGUUCUUGAUUUCAGAUCUUGAAGCUAUGUUUCCUGAGGGAAUGGUGGAUCAUAAUGCGAUUCCUGCUUAUAAAGAGAUUCCACAAUGGGGAGAGACUAUACAAGAAUGCACAGAUAGGUUUCUUAGUGUGCUGAACACUCUUGCUGAUCAGUAUCCUUCAGAGAACUUGCUCUUAGUCACUCACGCGGAAGGAGUAAGAACUACAUUUGCAACCUAUAAAGAAGUAGAUGUGUACGAUAUUGAGUACUGUGCUUGUGCUGAACUGAGAAGACAGGUCUUGAGUCAAGAAGGGUCUACUAAAGCUGGACGCUUUGAGGUGAUUACAAGUCUUGGUGAAGCUGGAAUUAAGUACCACAUGACCACCACAUCACACCUAUGAUCAUGUGUCCUAUAAGUCAAACUCCUAUUUAGCCAAAUGUAUCCGGAUACUGGAUAUCUAGAAUUUUCCGGUUAAACUGCCUUGCACUUCAUUACAAAUAUAUAACAGGAACUAUAUUGUAGUCAGUUCAAGAAAAUCAAUGAAUAUAGUUCUUAUCUUGC